AUGGGUGUUCUCGACAACAUUCGCGGUCGCGACACUUCUCAGCUCAACGCUGCUGUGUACCGCUCGGAACCCGCUGAUGUUCCCGUUGAGCAGAAAUCUCCUGGCCAUACCCAAGAUAUGAUUGCAAGCGACUCCGAUACCUUGAGUCUGGAGGCUCGAAAUGAAAAGGAAGUCCAGCUUAACCCAGACCAAAUUACUGCUAAUGCAGAGCUUGGUGUCCAAAAGGCCGAAGCUGUCACUCUCGUUUGGAGCAAGAGGACUGUCUAUGCAGUUUACGCAUGGAUUUGGAUCUGCUUCUUCAUGCUGGCCUUCCAGUCAGCCGUAGGUAACAACUUGUUUUACACUGCGUAUUCCGAGUUCGCUUUAGCCCCCGCCGUAUCGACCGCCAGCAUCUUAGCCAGCGUCAUCGGUGGUGUACUUAAAUUGGCUAUUGGUAAGACGCUCAACUUGGUGGGCCGUGCUGAAGGGCUCUUAUUCUUUGUGGCUGUCUACAUUUUGGGCAUCAUAUUGCUUGCCUCGUGCAAUGGUCCAGAUGCCUAUGCAGCUGGUUAUGUACUGUACUGGAUCGGGUACAACGCCAUCUACCUGAUCCUCGACGUCUUCAUGGCCGAUACCUCGGGUUUGCGGAACCGUGCUUUCGCCUUUGGAUUCGUCACUACCCCAUUUAUUUGCACUGCUUUUACUGGCUCAUUGGCUGCUCAAUCUUUUGUCAGAACGAGCGGGUGGAGAUGGGGUUACGGAGCCUUCACCAUUAUCAUGCCUUUCGUAUUCAUACCUCUGGCGGUUGUGUUUAAAUUCUAUGAACGCAAAGCUAUCAAGCUAGGACUCUUCAAACGGGAAUCUAGCGGUCGUACAACGAUGCAGUCAAUUAUUCACUAUUUCCAUGAGUUUGAUAUCAUCGGCGCGUUCCUGCUCAUGGCUGCCUUUGUUCUAUUCCUACUCCCAUUCAGUUUGCAAACAUCCAACCGCAUCACUUAUGACAGCGCCGCUUUUAUUGCCAUGGUUGUUAUCGGUAUUUUGCUAUUUCCAGCCUUUGCCAUCUGGGAGGCAUACUUUGCGCGCACACAAUUUAUCCAAUGGGAACUUUUCAAAAACCGCACUGUUCUUGGUGCUUGUAUUUGCGCCGCGACAGUCAAUUUUGCCUUCUACUGCUGGGACUUGUACUACUAUUACUUCAUUAUGGUAGUAUACAACCUUGAUAUUUCCCUGACCGGAUACAUGUCACAGAUUUACAAUGUCGGGUCCUGCUUCUUUGGCCCGAUUUUCGGUAUGUACGUUCGAUACACCAAGGAAUUCAAGUGGUUUUGUUUCUGUUUUGGCAUCCCACUUUUGUUUCUGGGAGCCGGAUUGAUGAUUCACUUCCGUGGCCAAGAUGGGUCUAUCAAUUAUAUCAUCAUGUGUCAAAUCUUCAUCGCUUUCGCUGGUGGUACUUUGGUCAUUGGUGAAGACAUGGCUGUCAUGGCAGCCUCUGACCGCCAGAGCUUGCCUAUGAUGCUUUCUCUCGUCAGCUUGUGUAGUAGCAUUGGCAGUUCUAUUGGAUCCGCCGUAUCUACUGCUAUCUACUCCCAUACAUUCCCCCAAGGUCUCCUCCGGGCUCUUCCUGAGGAAGAAAAAGUCAAUGCCACGGCUAUUUAUCUCGGUGGGUAUGCAACACAGCUUCUGUACCCUGUUGGAAGCCCAACACGGGAUGCAAUCAACUAUGCCUGGGGUUACAGUCAGAAGUACGGCGCCAUUGCCGCAACCUGCGUCACCAUUUUGUUGAUUCCUGCAAUUGGAAUGUGGAAGAACUACCGGGUGGACAAGGCCCAGAACAAGGGAACUCUUUUCUAG